GUGCGCUCCGCCCCGGUGUAAACAGGCCGGUCAUGGGGGAGGCGGCGCCGUGCGGCGAGAGCCCGCGGGGCUCACCUAGGGCGAGCCGCGUGCGGCGGCGUCGGGAUGAGAGCGGGGCCGCGCGCCCUGACGUAACCCCUUAUGUAACGGUGGGGACGGUCGGUGCAUCCGGGGAGGGGAGGAACGGUGCAUCGCGGGGCUGUGCUCGGUGCACCGGGAGGGGGGGCAUUCCCCGGGGGCUGUGCAGCGGCGGUAGCCGCGCGGUGCAAAGGGGGUCGGUGCACCGGGGAUGUGCAACCGCACCGGGAAGGGCGGACUUGGGGCCGAUCUGAGAGCCCCGGUGGCAUCAGGGGGACCCUCCUGGACGCUGCACUUACCCUGCCAGGACGGUCUGACCCUGCUCCCGCGGCUCACCGGGAGGUUUGCAGCUGGAAGUUCCCUGGGAAAGUCGCUGAGAUCCUGGGGGGCAUCACCCCCCUGCCCUGGGGCCCGGGGUAGGCAGGCACUGGUGCAGCCGGGGGUUUUGGUGGCUGGCGUGGGGCAGCGUGGUGCCCGCUGGGUGCCCUUGGCUCGGAUCACCCAGAUGGGGUGCAGUGACUGUGGUACACCGAGACCCUGAGGGACAGUGGGGGCCAGGUGGGAGCCCCUGGGGCUGCAGUGUGACCCCCUGGCAUGGCCACGUUCCCUGUGACAUGGGUCCUGGCUCCCCGCGGGGCUGGUUUGGCUGGGGGUGGGCACCUGGCAGCCCCCAGGAUAGGGGCUUCGCGUGCAACCGUGCCGCUCCCUGUGAGCUGCUGGAGGGAACAGCAAUCAAACCCCCUAACAGUUUUUUUUGCAGCCUCUUCUCCCCACAUUUUCCUGCCCCCCUAUAUGGGUGGUGUUAGCGGUAGGUACUCUGUGGACAGUCAAAGAGAGCAUCUGCAGAGCCAGUUUACAGAAGAGAUCAAAGAAUUACUGGUUUCUUGACUCACGUCUGAAGUAUGUGCCAUUGUGGUCACACAGCCUGCAGCAACUCUGGGCUGUAUCGCGCUGGUCCCCUCCUGGGGCGGAUGGAGACCCCCAGAGCCACCAGCACCCAGGGCCUAGUGUGCAGGGUUGGUGAUGGCUCCCACAGCAGGGCUGACCCUCUACGGCAUGGUGGCACAGCCCAUGCUGCAGCUCCUGCAAGUGGUUUUAACUCAAUUUGUUCUUAAAUGGAGCCACUUCACCUCCUGGCUGGGGGCUGAGGGGGCCAUGCCGCAGCCCUGUGCUCCUGGUGUGUCUCAGCAGCUGGCGCAGUGCGUGCUGGCGGCAGGGACAAUGGCGGCAGCAUGACUCGCUGUAUUCACAUGGCCUCUGCUUUUUGUACCAGCAUUGAGUGGCUUCUUGUGCGUCCUGCCCACGCAGGGAGGUCACCGCGUGCCCACACAUGUGCCCACCUGGGCUACAUGGUGACCUUGAGGCACCGUGACGUGAUGCAGGCAGGGGCUGAAUCCGCUCCUGGUGCCAUGCUGCUCUUCUGCCCGCUGCUGCAUCCCCCACAGUGGUGACCUCCCCCUGCUCCGCACUGUCUGCCUGGUAUCUGCCUCAGAUCGUGCCAGUGCAGCUGGAGGUUUGCUCCAGUGUUGUUGUGGUCAGCUGGAGACCGCACAGCUCCCAUGGGCAGCUGGGAACAGACCCCCAGGCUUAGCCCUUCUGGGCAGUUCUCCCCACAGAGCUGUUAGGGUCUCUUGUGGCCCAGAAAAUAUGGCCAGCACAUCCCUCACCCAGCAGCAGCCACAAGCAGCCCUUGCUGGCCUGUCUGUGCCCACAGCUGCCUGUGGGAAAGCCAUCUCCUGCCCAUGGCAGCUUGGCAUUGCUUUAGGGCCAGGAGAAAGCAUAAGCAAUGGAGCCAUUUCUGGAAAAGCCCUGUCCCACUGAAUAGGAUAAAGCUGACAGUGCUGGAGGAACUGCAGCAGAGUGACUGCCUUCCCAUGGGAUGCUCCUGCUGGCAGCGCUGGGCCGCAGUGCCCCUGCGUGGGGACAGCCCAAGCUGCUGGCAGAGCUCGUCCCGCCCACGGACCAUAUUUACCCCAUCCCAGGGUGGGGAGCUGGGCACCCUCGAGGUGCCCUGUCUGGUCUGGGUGCGAGUCCCCAGGGAGGGACUGGGGGCAUCUGGGCAGAGUGGCAGUGCUGUGUGACGUUAGCUGCCAUUAACUCCCACUUGCUUUCACGGGAGCUUGGUACACACAGUCGUCCCCCUCCUCGCCGAACCAGCUUUUCACUCAUGUAGUCAAGAAAACUUUUCUAUUACUGCACAUUUCUCUUACCCAGGUGCUUAAUUACCAUUGUCCCAGGGAAAUGUCAGUGUGACUCAGAGGCAGUUUCCCAUUAGAAAGCGACAGAUGAAUAUUAAUUAAACUUGCUGGUGGGUGGGCUUGCUCGUAGCUCCUUUCCUGGGGGGCCCUGUCACCCCCCCAUGCCUGCCCAGACUGUGACCGGCCCUGUGGAGGACCCUCUCACCCAGCUCAGCACAUCUGCAGGAACCUUAUUACAAAUUACUUUUCUCUCUGUGCCUGCAGGGUUUGCUCCAUCCCCAGAAGUGCAUCUACCUUUGGUGCAAUAGCCCUGCACAGGGAGGCAGCUGCACCCCAGACCAUUGGGUUCCAGAGGGGUGCUGCAAGCAGGUCUGUUUUUGGGGUGGGGAGUUGUCGGCAGCCGUGGCCACGCUGCUCCCUUCCAUGCUCCAUGUCCUCAGGCAGGCACCAGCCUUUGGGGUGAUGCUCUUGCUCUCACCCAGAGACAUGGCUCCUGGACAGAGCCAUUUGCCUGCAUAAUGGGCAGGUUGAGCCAGGGAGGCUGGGCUUUAGGGAUGGACUUUAUGGUUUGGGAGGUCUAUUUGAUGGAAAUAAUGGGUUUGGUGUAAGAAAUGCUCCUCCCCACUGUGUCUGUGUUGCCUGCAAGACUGCUAGUCCCAACAGCAAGGGACGCCCACAGCCCCUGGUCGAGGGUGUCUGUGGUGGUUUGUCGUUGCAUUUUGUUCUUCACGGCUUUGUUCUGUGCCGGCACAGCCCAGCACACUGUAGCGAAGGGGGGGCCGUGGCUGCCCUCUGCCCAUGCAACCCACAGGGCCCACGCUCUGUCUUCCCUCACCGCAGCACUGCCACCUCCUGGCAUGGGUCCCACAGGGGAUAUCUCCUCCGUUGGCCCUGGGGAGGUGCAGGAUGCUCUGCCCUUGCCUUGCCGCCCUCGGCACCCCUCUGCCCCGGUGCCCUGCUCCCUUGGUCCCUCUGUGCUGGUACAGCCCCAGCCUGCGUAAGCUAAAAAUCCACCUCCAGGAAAACGUCAUGGGGUGCCAUGCGCUUUCUGGGGAGCAGAGCCUGGCACCCCAAACACAGGUGCUAGUGGAGGUGGCCACAAGCCCUGGGGAGAGGGAACCAUGGUCAGCUGAUGCAGGCUGCACUGCUCGCCCAGCUGUGGCUGCUGGAUGCCCAGUGGAGCGUCCCGGCCAUAUUGAUGGCCCCCACGUCCCUCACCGGCAUCAGGAGGGCUGAGCAGGGGGCACCGGGUCCAGCAGCUGCUGUUCGAGCCGGGGAGAAAGGCAGGUUGCUGGGAAACAUCCCUCUUGAGCUCUGGUAAAAAUAGCUCCAUCUCGAAGGCGAGAGGAUGGGCUGCGCUGCCGGUGGCGCGUGGGAUGCGCUUGCACCCGCCAGAGCUGCAGGGGACGGGACAGGCUGGCCUGGCCCCGUGGGGUCUGUGCCCUGGACCCCCCAGCCCCGUGCCUCUGUCAGGGCAUGGUGUAGGGGGGUGGUGAUUUGUGGGCUGGGGGGGGGUGCACUGGCAUUGCUCAGCGCUGCCCUCCUUCACCCCCAAAUCAGGCUUGGAAAAGUGUGAACGGGAAUCAGGGCUAAGUGGAAAGAUGGAGGGGUCUCCAUCCCCCCCACCCUGCUCCCCCUGCCACUUUGGCUCAUCUCCUUGGGUUUGCCCUCAGGAGUGUAGGAGGGGAAGCCUGGUGGGUCCAAGCCCCAACGGUGCGGAGGUGGGGGGCUUCCCUGCAAGGGCUUUGCUGCCCAACUGCAGCUGCGCUGUGUGGGUCGGGGUGGAGGGGGGCAGCCUUUCCUAGGGCGUGAAGACCCUCUUGCCCUUCCCAGUGGCUUCAGACAUGCUCUCUCCUCUCCUUGGCAUUGCCAUGAGGAUGGUGCCUCUCCCCAGCCAGGGAAGCGGGGUGUGGGGUCAGGGCUUCACCCCCUCCUCCUUCUUGGGCAGGAUUUGGAUUUGGUGCCCAGGGAGGCUUCACACCCCUGGCAGCCAAACUCCUCUAGCAUGCAGCUGGAGGGGGGGCAACAGACCCUAUCCCCCAUCCCCUGCCACCUCCUGUGUUUGGGGCACAUAUUUUUGCCCUGAGGACCAAGGCUGGGCCCGACAGGGGUCUCUGAGGGAUGCAACCGAUGGCAGUGUAGCAGCAGGACACGCACCCUGUCCCCAGGCCCUGGCACAGCGGGAGAGCCUGCUCGGGAGGUGGUGAGGAUGCUGCGGGGCUGAUUAUUCACAGCUUACCUCGCCCCGAUUGGCUCCGCGGCGCCGAAUGCAGCCGGGCCCCGCUGCAGGAGGAGACUCCGUGGCCAUAAAAGCGGGGCGGGAGCCAGCGGGCGGUGAGUCCGGUGGGCACCCCGGGCACCGCUGCAGGGCCACCAGCCAGCGUGGCCUUGCCACCGCCACUGAUGACCGGCUCAGCCUGACGCCCGCAGAAGAACACCCACGACCCGUCCUGACUUGUUGAAGUGGGUGCUCGGCAGGACAAUAAGCAGCGGCAGGUAGGGCUGCCAGGGUCACCGUCCUGCUCCCGUCGCGUGGGCACAGCUGGGGUAUCAUUCCUGCUCACCAAAGAGUGACUCUGUUUAAAAGCAGCCCCAAGCAGCGGUGCCGAGAGUGGGUCAUGGUUGGGCUUCUUGCGUUAUUUUGAGGGGCUCCUGCAGGUGCUGGCCGCAGGUGCUCCUCUCAUCCCUCAAGUGCUUUUAUAGGCUGCGAACUGCUGUCCAGAGUUUUGCUGGGGUUCGUUUUGAUGCCGAUGCCACAUCUGCCACCCUUGCUGUGGGGGCAACCCAGAGCUUGUGCGGGCAAAGGGAGUGGGAGGAGAGGAUGGGGGGAGGUUUUUGCCUCCACCACUUGGCUCAAGCAGCAGCGGCGGCUGCAGCGCUGGGUUUUGAUGUGAUUCUUUUCCAAAAGUCAUGAGCUUUUUUGAGAAGCCUUGUCCUAAAGAUGUUUCCAGGUCAUCUUUAAAGGCGAGAAAAGGAAUGGCUGGAAGGUGAUUCCUUUUCUCCACCAGAAAUCUCUGCAGGGUCCUAACCUGCCUGAGUUAGACUUGUGUAGGAGGAGAGACCUGCUCAGCCUGGGAGAGCUAUUCACAUCCCACACUAGAAAUAAUUACAGGUUAAUUGUAAUGGGGGGAUUGGUCUCUGUGCCACCUGGCACACACAGUCCUGAUUCCCCAUCCCUCCUUGGGCUGCCAAGUCUGUAACCAGCCCCAAGGGUGCAUGGAUGCAGCUCGGGGCUUUUCCACACAUGAGCAAAGCCUCGGCACCGAAAACUCGAAUGGAAUGGGACUGGGAGGAGCGGACCCCAGCAGAUGCCUGACACAGGUAGGACAUGCUGAGGGUAUCUGUGGCGGCUGGCACCCACUGCUGGCAAUGCCAGAUGCUGCCAUGAUCCUGUCGUGUUCUGCAGGAGGGAUGUCUCCAGAGCCUCAGGGCUCCUCCAGGUAACAUAGGAUUGAGCUCUAACUCUGCUUUUCUUCCUCCUCCUUUUUUGUGCUGCUUCUUUUUACUUUUGUCCAAAGCCUUUUGUUUUUCUCCCCUUUUCCUGCCCCAGCUUUGCCAGUCCUUCCUCACCCCUGCAGCAUGAGUGUGCAGAGCAGUGCAGGGGCAUUCAUGGCACCGCCUGGACAAGGUACGCUUGCAUGGGAUGUCCCAGGGUGCCUGGGCACAGAGGAUCCUUGGCCCCACUGUGCCCUGGAGAGCUGCAGCUCCUCUGAGUGCCGUCAUGUCUCUGAUUCUUCGGCUGCCACAGCACAGGGCUGCCGACAGCGGAGGAGCACGGCAGGGGCAAGGGAGGGGAAGUGGCUGGGUAAAAGGUUCCCAGUGGGAAGUAGCUAGCGGUUGUUCUUGGGACCUUCAUUCCCCUUGGUGCUGCAGCUGGCACCUAUCUGCAUGGCUGGUGAGUCCCCGCUCAUUGGUGCUGUCUUGGUGGUGGUGAGGCAGUAAGGGACCAUCACUGUGCUUCAGUGGCAAAGGCUGGCUGAAGUCCUGCUGUGCCCCUGCCCAUCCUGGGCAUCUGCCUGCCCUGCUGCCCACUGCUCUGCCAGGGCAAGUUGGGGCGAGGCACUUAAGACUACACAGAGCAGGUGCGUGUGCAGCCGAGGAAUGCAGACAGCUUGACACACGAUGGUGCAGAUAAUUCAAAUUACAUUUUAAUCUAGCAUGAAUUAAUACUGUGGCAUUAACAUUUCUUCGUCAGUACCAAUUACAGUACAUUAGCAGAUACUGCUGGAGAAUACAAAAGUCUCUAAUAUGCGUCAUUAAUGUGUAACAGAUCCCUCUGGGUCAUGCCUUUCCACCGCAGAUAAAAGCAGCCAAGGAGGCAAAGGGGUGCUUGCUGCCAGUGCACCCCUUUGGGGUGGGAGCUUUUGCUCCCAGUGCCGCCGUGUUCCCUGUGGCACUGCGGUCUGGUGGCACUACAGCUGGGGCCAGGCACUGCCGCCAGCGCAGCCCCUCUCCCAGCCAUUGCACGAUGUGUUCAGACCUCCCUGGCCUCAUCCGCCGAGGUGAGAGGCUCUGGCAUGGUUCCCGGCAGGCUGAAGGAUGGUGAUCACGGCUCACAGGUAGGCUUGCAUCUUUUUCUCCCUCCUUCUUAGUGCACCAGCAGAGCAGAAGCAGCAGGUGGGAGGGAGGGGAGCUGGGGCUGCCCAGGCACGGGGUACAGCACCUGGGGUGAGUCUGUACCAGGUGAAGGCAUCCCCCUGUCCCUUUUCUGCCAGCAGCUCCAGUCGUGGUCCUUUUCUUCCCCAAGGCCAAGGGGGAGAGCCGGUGAUUCAUCCCCUCCAUGCCACGCAAACACGGCAAUUGCAAUAUUGCAGAGAAACUCAAUUCUAAAAGGAAAAAAGGGCUUUUCUUUCCAAUGGUAUGGAAGGAGUGGUGGAGGAGAUGAUGGGAUGGGAUUGUUGUCCUGGCCCUGAGGACCUCGGUGGCCCCGGGGUCCUGACUGCAGCUCAGGGAUUCUGCCAAGGCCAGGGCAGGGGAUCGCAUUCUGUGGCAUCCCCACAGGUGGUCACUCCUGUCCUCUUCCUGCCCUGGGACCCAGGAGCAGCUCCUGGAGGUGAGUCACAGGCAUGGACACAGAUCCUGGUGCACAUCCCCAGCAGCAGCCGUGCAGGUGGAGGGGGCAGUGGCUGCAGGGUAAGAUGGCGCGGCAGGUGCUGGCACUGGCGCUCUGCCUCUCCCUGGCCGCGGUGGCAUCUGCUGACUGCGCAACCCAAUGCUCCCUCUGCGCGGCCCAGACCCACAGCGCUGAGAGCAGUGCCUGGCCCCUGAUGUGCCUGUGGGAGUGCCAGGGCUCCUCACUACCCAGCCCUGUGUGGGAGACAUGCAGGAAGGCGCUGGCACUCCUGGCCCCGCUGGUGGCCCUGGCCGAGGGGACAGACCCAGCCCCUCAAGAGGUGGAGGACGAGGCAGAACCGGAGCAGGAACUGGGUCCCAGGGAGCUGCCGCUGGCACCAGCCAAGCGCUACGGCGGCUUCAUGAAGAAGAUGUCCAAGGGAAAGCUGCUCUCCCUGCUGCGUGAGAAUGCCCACAGCAAGGGUGGCCUCAGCAAGAAAUUUGGGGUCUUCAGCCGCAAGCCUUGGGAGCGGGCAGCCCCUGAGGACUACCCGGGGCCAGGGCUAGUGGGUGAUGGGGGCGAGGAGCCCACGAGCGCUGGGGUUGAGGGGCAGGAGCUGGCAGAGCUGCACAAGCGUUACGGCGGCUUCAUGCGCCGGAUCCGGCCCAAGCUCAAGUGGGACAAUCAGAAGCGCUACGGGGGCUUCCUGAGGCGGCAGUUCAAGGUGACCACACGGUCGGACGAGGACCCCAGUGCCUACUCAGGAGAGGUCUCAGACCUAUAGAGCCAGGCAUGGGAUAGGCAGCACCACAGUCCCCACACUGCCAGCCCAGACUGUGCCAUCACACCCCCGGCCCCAUCCCCUGCCCAGGCUGGUGUGGCCAGCAUCAUCCCUGCCUCAUUCCCCCAGCAGACCAUGGGUCCCCCUCCCCACCUGACCCUCUCUGGUUCACCUGCCCAUCCUUUAGGGACCCUGUGCAUCAAGAGGACAGUGCCACACCUCUGGCUGCAGGUCCUACCCCUGGGCUCCCUGGGGCAAAUUGAGGAGGGGUCAUGCAUCCUCCACCCUCCUGCAGCUGCAGAAGUGCAGCAGGGUCUGGAAACCGUCACAGCUGAUAUAAGGGGCAAUGGCCUCUGAGCACCGGGAAGGAUGAGCCGGGACAGGAUGAUGUGCUGGGAGACAGCUCAAGCAGCCAGCACAGCCUUGGGAGAGGCAGCUGGGCAGAGCUUGCACUGCAGCACCAUCACCAGGGCAGGCAGCUGGCUGAGCACAAUCCCAACUCCCCAAGCCACUCGCCAUGUUCCAGCACCUGCCUGGUCCCCCCGGGCUUCCCCUUCCUGAGAAUGACCCCCAGAGGCAGGGUCAGACCUACCUCCCAGCCCCUGCUCCCUCUGCAACCAAUAAAAGGCAGAUGCCAACAAA